AUGGCCUCGGCAGCACAACAAGCCUGUGCAACGCAGCCUAUGGUUCUGUUGGAGCCCAUGGUGGGAUGCCUCUUUGUUGCAAGUUGUUCAUUCCGUUGUAGCGGCCUGGAGGUCUAUUUUGAAACAAACUGGAACCAGGGGAACCUUGAAUGUCAACUUGGCGAGAAGUUUGAUAUCCAGGCUCAGGCAAUAAACAAUCCUACUGGCGAAUUGGAGCAGACCAGGGCGUCGCGCAUCCUUGUCGAUAUCACAGCUACUGGUAACGUCAAAGCCCCCUGGCAAGGGCGGCCCGAGCUCUUACUAGAGACCCUGAUAUCCCAAUGUGGAACCAGGUCUAGACUCUUGGCUUCCGUCUUGGCGCACCGCUUCACGGCCCUUGGGAACCCCGCAUUCCACGUGGACAAGGCGCUUCUAUCUAUCUUUGCCAUCUCUGGCGAUGGCGCCGGAGUUCAUCCAAAAUAG